UUCUUUCUUUCCAAAAAGCAUUGAAACCAAAGAACCCUUGUGACAAACUCAACCACAAAUACUUUGAUUUCAAUUAUAUUUUCACCAACUUAAACCAAUCUCAUUCAUUUUGUUGAUGCGAUUUCAUUCUUCUUGCUGACAGUGCGAUCAUGUCCAACGUUUUAGCAUGUUUCCAACUCCUAGAACUCAAUGUCAUAUCUGCACAAGACUUGGCUCCUGCAGGUCGUUCAAUGAGAACCUAUGCAGUGGCAUGGAUCGACCCAGAUCGCAAACUUUCCACCCGGGUUGAUUCUCACGGCGGAACCAACCCAACUUGGAAUGACAAGUUUGUCUUUCGAAUUGAUGAAGACUUUCUGUAUGAUGAUAAGUCAGUGAUCACCAUUGACAUUUACGCUCUUCAUUGGUUUCGAGACAUUCAUGUGGGCACUGCUCAGGUUCUCUCCGGUGACCUUUUUCCACCAACUUCACAACCUCAACCCCAAAGAAACACUUACACACCCACAGGAAUGAGAUUCAUGGGGCUUCAAGUUCAAAGACCCUCUGGUCGCCCCAAAGGAAUUUUGAACAUUGGUGCUGCUAGAAUCGACAGUUCCAUGCGCAGCAUGCCUCUUUACAUGCAAAACUCCCCAAUUGUUGGAUACAGUCAAGAUGAUCAUGAUCAACCAAAACGCCAAGCCAAACCAGAGCUUCGACGCUCAAAAAGUGAUUGCAGCUCAAUGCUUGCCUCAGAAGUCAUAGUUCCCGAGCCUCAAGCCAAAACCAAAAGGGGCAGAGCAAGUUCCCAAAUUCUCGCUUCAGAAAUAAGCUCCAAGAAGAGUAAGAAGAAAGCUAGCUCCAUAUUGAGUGCCACAUUCAUGAAGAGUGCCCCAAAAGAUGGCAAAUUGGGUAGAAAGAAGACUAAAGUGAGAGGCCAUGAAUCACCAAAUGUUGAUUACCCUGUAAAGUCCACGCCCAAGCGCGAGUUUCAAAACUCUCCCUUUGCAGCGAAGUCUUAUAAUUAUGUGGGUAGUGUGAGAGCAACCCCAUUGCAUGCGUUUGCGGUUGCAGACACGACAAUGGAAUAUGGAACCCCGUACCGGUCGAACUUGGGUUGUCGUCCUUUUAUGACGGACUCUGAAUUGGGUCCGUCAGCUUCAGAGGUGGCGGAGGUGGUGGCAAGACUACCGAUGCCAAUGGAGGAGGGGGAGAAUUCUACGGUGGAAGGGUGGAGCUUCGAUGACGACGGCGGAGAGGGCCUGCCACCUAAGGUGGAGAGGUGGCAGACGGAGUCCAAUGUGUCGGGUGUGAGCAGAAAAGGGAAACAUUCACGAAGGCAAGGAGAUGGGUUGUUCUCUUGCUUCAGUGUAAUAUGUGGAGUUGAGUGCUCCAUUGUUUGCGGUGCUGGUGGCGGCAGCAAGAAGCAUCGCCGGAGGCGGGUUCAAGCAGUGGACAAUGAAAGCUUUCUGUCAGAAGAGGAGGCGUAUUGA